AUGGUUAUUACUUUCCUUCAUAUUAUAUCCCACCAUAUUAAGAUUAGAGUUUUAAAACGUCAAACAGUAAGAUCUGGUGAAACAAUUAGUAGAGUUCUCCAUACAGUGUUAGCUUCAGUCUUGAAAUUGCAUCCGAUCCUUUUUAGAAAACCAGAACCGAUACAAGAUAAUUCAACAGACGAUAGAUGGAAAUGGUUUAAGGGAUGUUUGGGUGCUCUAGAUGGAACAUAUAUUAAGGUCAAUGUAGCUGCAAUCGAUAAACCUAGAUACAGAACAAGAAAAAAUGAAAUUGCGACAAAUGUACUUGGUGUUUGCACACCAAACAUGCAAUUCAUUUAUGUUUUACCUGGGUGGGAAGGUUCUGCAGCUGAUGGUAGAAUACUCAGAGACGCCAUUAGUAGAAGAAAUGGUUUAAAUGUUCCACAAGGGUGUUACUACUUAUGUGAUGCUGGAUACACGAAUGGAGAGGGAUUUCUUGCACCAUAUAGAGGUCAAAGAUACCACUUGAAUGAUUGGAGAGAAGGACACCACCUACCACCCUCAAUAUUUCAACAUGAAACAUUCUCAAGCUAG